GAGAGCAAAAUCGUUCAAUGUAAAUCCAAACUAAAUUUGCUAAAAUCCUAUUUAUUUUUUGUUACUUCCUUGCAAACACAAUUCACUGCUAAAAUAGUUUAACAGGUUGUAACCGAUUUAAAGUUGGAAAUAAUUUAGAAUAACAAUUAAAUCGUAAACUAAAUUAUGGCUGACAUUCAAUAUAUAUUACAUCCACUACCAGGAACUGAUGAACAGUUUAUAGAAAGGUUGCGUGAAGCUUCUGAUAAAAUAAAUAAGGUCGGUUAUUCAAACCCUGAAGUUUUUGGUGGUUUAAAAGCACAAGUCAAAGAAAUCGUAAUUGGACCGUCUCACAUAGGAGUAUUACUGGAAGAUGGCAGAGCUUUUCGUGUUGCUUUUUAUAUUAAUUCAGAACAACUUGACCUAAGCAAUACCGAUGCAAGCAAAAGUUCUCCCAGUAGUUCGAACACAUGUUCUAUUGGAAAUCAAAAAAGCACGGUUAACAUUUCUUCACGUCAAAUUUCGAGGUCCAAAUCGAAACUCUUAAGAUCAAGUAGUCGCUCAACCCCAAAUGGACAAGGAACAAGAAGUUCUGGUGUUAUUAUUGGCGGAAGCUCAAGUCGUCCACUAGUAACGGUUCCUGCUCCUUUUGUGCCAGAGGAGUUGAUUUCACAAGCAGAAGUCGUCCUGCAAGGGAAAAGUAGAAGUCUUAUCAUUCGUGAAUUACAGCGAACGAAUCUCGAUGUAAACUUAGCAGUAAACAACUUACUUUCACGUGAUGACGAAGAAGCGGAUGAUGCUGAACAAGCCGGUGAUAAUUAUGCUCCAGAUGAUUUGAUUUCAUUGCUCGAUAACGGUUUUCAAACUGACAGCAGUAAUGUAAUUGUUGAUCCUGCUGAUGGUCUAUUUUCAGAAGAGAUUUUCAGCAACUAUUCCAGCAUAAGAAAUUUGUUGUUUAACCGUAUACGUAGUGAAAGAAAUCAAGUCAAUUCUGGAAAUGUGGACAGCUCUAGCAAUUCUUUAAGAAGCGGCACUGUGUCAACUUCCGGGAGCACAUUGUCUUGCGGAAAUAAUAUUUCCGGGACAAUUCCAACAGUAAAUGCAGAUUCAUUUAGCAGAUGGAGAGAUAGACAAUGUUACGGACAGCGCCGGUGGUUUGCGAGAGACGAUACAACUUGGGAAAAAGAUAUAGAUGGAAAACGAACAACAUCUUUCGUAGGAAAUAAUUCCCCACUAUGGAUAUCCGAAGAACUUCAACCGUGGCCCGAAAGAGAUGGUCCUAUUCGUUUUCAAAAAAUUGCAUCUCUAUUUUCCGAAUUAAUUGGUGUUUCCGAACUAGGAGAAUUGCAUCAAUGGCGUUGGUCUGAAAAUGAAACGUAUAAAUCCGAUAUACCAAAUGUUUUUCAUCCUAAAACAUUAGCAUUAAAUAUAAAUGAAAAAAUUACAAAAAUCUCUUCCAACACUAUUCGUUGCGCUGUUGCGAGCGAAACAAAUCGCAUAGCCACAUGGAUGGACGAGCAUUUGGGAAGUCAUGGUGUUAAAUUUGAACAUCCUUUACAAAGUUAUCCUGAUAUUUUCUCAGAGGGCAUAAGCUCCUUACACACAUCAACUUUAUUUACUGUUGCUCGUACCACGGGUCACAAUUUAUUUUGGUGGGGUGUAUUACCGUUUGAGCAAAGACGCCAUUUAUGGGAUCGAUUCAGAUCAAAGACAAAAAAGCCAGUUAAAAUAGUGAAUGAAGAAAUUACAGUUGGCGCACAAGUAGUGAUGAAAAAAUGCCCAAUUUAUCAGACAGGUUCCAUUGGAUUUACAUCUACAAACGGAAUACCUAAAGUUGGUCAACUAAUGAAUUCUGUUUGGGAUUUUUCUGAUGUUUGCAGAUUUAAAUUAUUAACUCCAACGGUUUGUUUCCAAGAGAAAAUGACUAGUUCUCAAUUUGAGAAAGAUGUUGGAAAUGCAAAUCAAUCGUCAAGUAGUAAGUCAUUGAAUACGCCAACUAAUAAGGAAUCAACAGAUCGUCUGGAUAUGCCUCCUCCACCUUCACCAGCAUCAAGUACUUGCAGCGAUAACGGCAGUGCAACAACACAUAAAAGAACUAAACGAGUUGCUCCAAAAGAUGAUACAGAAGUUAAAAAGGAUGAGGAGUUCUGGCUUUUAAAGGAUGUAGUUUUUGUUGAAGAUAGGAAUGGACCAGUCGGUAAAAUUCUUAAAGUAGACGGUGAUUAUGUUGCUGUCAGAUUUGGAUUAGUUGGUCAAAAUGCCGAAUCUCAAGAAGACGACUGGCAACAUUGUCGAUUAUUAAAAAAAGAUGAUGUUCAAGUGAUCAAGUCUUUAGUUAAUCCUAGAGGACCAGAUUGUUAUCAAAAAACUCCAAAACGACUAAAUAUUAUAGCGGCCCAAGAUGCAAAUGUUUGUCAGUUGUUGGCUUUAGCUGUUGACACAAAGGGUGUUCACACUGUCUCUAAAAUAUCUAAUAAAAUGUACUACAAUGUUUUUAAUUUACAUAACAGCAAACAAGAACAUAGCAGUAUCUUUCCUACAGAUUGCAAUGUGUUUUUAGGAUCGUCAGCAAGUAAUAUUGCAUUGUAUAUAAGUGAUGAUUCGAAUGAGAAUUGCACUGUUAUAUUAAGAGAUGGCAACCGAACACUUUAUCCAUUUUUAAAAGAUUGUAAUGGUGAUUUGAGAGAUCCACAAUGGUUAAGCCUUCCUCCAAUACGUACUGUCGCUAUGUCGAUUAUAUCAUUACCAAUACUUGGAAUUAAUCUUAAAUCCAAAGUUUGUAUGAUUAUAAUGUUUUUGGAAAAACAAUAUUUAAUGCCGUCGAUAUUAAGGUGCGACCUUAAAAGUGUUGUUAUGCUUCUAAACCAGUUAGAAGGUGAAUUACAUACAUCACUAACAUCCGUACUAAAAGAAAAAUGCGACGGAGGUCGCAAUAUAGCACAUGCAUGUGUUGCAUUAUGCUCUCCAAUAUCUAACAAAGUUGCAGACGACUCCACAAAUUUAACUUUGAAAAAAUCAGCAUCAUGCAGAUCUCCAGAUUUAGAAAGCUCUAGUUCAAACACUAGAGAAGGAUGCACAAUAAGCUUACGUGAAAUGAUGAACCGCUUGGUUAAUACCGAUGUAGAUAGCCGGAAUCCAAUUAUUCCCACUUCAGGACCAGACGAAACAUACUUUCCUUUAUCAUUUUGGCAAUCUGAGUACGAAGCUAAUUCUAUAGAAGAAGAUUUUUCAAAUUCAAAUCCUAAAUCAAAUGGAAAAAAAUUAAACGUGCCAGUCUACAUAGCCGAUCCAGUUCAGAGAAGAGAACAAUCUACUUUAAUUUUACAACAAAUUUGCGUUAAUCCUAUACUUAGACCACAUUUACAUUUCCUUUUAAGCUCCAAAGACGCAGAAGGAUUGACUCCUUUAAUGUUGUCUGUGACAAAUAGAGCAUAUGACGCUGGAUUGAUAUUGUUUGAUGCAAUUUUGUCUCUCUCAGAAGAAAAUCCCUCAAUUAAAGAAUCGAUGGUGUUCCCUGUCGGUUCGUCUGUUGAGAAAUCACCACUUCAUGUUUUAUGCUAUAAUGAUACUUGUUCAUUUACAUGGACUGGUGCGGAUCAUAUUAAUCAAAAUAUCUUUGAAUGCAAGACAUGCGGCUUAACAGGUUCUCUGUGUUGUUGUACUGAAUGCGCUCGAGUUUGUCAUAAAGGCCAUGAUUGCAAAUUAAAACGAACAUCGCCUACAGCUUAUUGUGAUUGUUGGGAAAAAUGUAAAUGCAAGGCAUUAAUUGCUGGAAACCAAAACAAAAGAUUUUCUUUACUUUGCAAGCUAAUAUCGCAUACGGACCUGGUUACAAAAUUCAAUGCAAGAGGUGAAUCGAUACUUUUGUUUCUUAUUCAAACAGUUGGACGUCAAUCUAUUGAGCAAAAACAAUAUAGAGUAUGCAACAGAUCACGAAGUUCUACGGGAAACAGUAGGAAAACUCAAUCAUCAGAUAUUGAUCCUGAAAUGCCAGAGCAUGAUUUAGAGCCUCCUAGAUUUGCUAAGAAAGCUCUCGAACGUUUACUUGAAGAUUGGCAAGCUGUUAAGUCUAUGAUUAUGACAGGCGCCGAAGAUAUGAGCCAGAAUGAAAAAUCUAAAAACCAUGAAAAUGUUGAAAGUAGUUCUAUGAAAUAUUUAAAAUCUCAAAGUGGUUCUACAUUGCUCGAUAAAUUUACACAUAAUUUAUUUGUUAAAUGUAGUCCAGAACAUUUGGAUGUUCUCAUAUCUACUCUUGUUCGCGAAAUUCAAGACACAACUAAUCCAGCAGCAAACACUGCUGCAAAAUUUAUUGCUCGACGCUUCGUAAGAUCUGUCGCAAGAGUUUUUAUAAUUUUCAAUUUGGAAAAAUCUCCGACCGCUGAUAGAAGAAAGAACAAUGCUUCACAAAGCAAACAUAUUCAAAACUGCAUUAAAGUAUUUCAAGCCCUUCAUAUUAUUGCAAUUGAAGAACUCUGUGAGGUGGCUGAUGCAUUAAUUGCUCCAGUGCGGCUGGGAGUCGUAAGACCUACGGCACCUUUUGCAAUGUCGACGUCAAACUUAGAUAAUUCGGAAGAUAUAUUUAGUGUGGAACCUCUAGCGCCCACCACACCCACAGCUAUGUCAACAAGAUCUUUAUCAGUAGAUGCUACUGGGGUUUCUAACGCCAAUAUAGACCUUGGUCUCAACUAUGGUGUUUUACAAGUUGAAGAUAACAACGAUAUAGAAGCAAGUGUAGAACCAUCGGCUAAUGUUGAUUUGCCUUCAAGCGGACCAAGAAGCAAUUCUCAGGUUCAAAUCAGUUCUGAGGGUAUACGAAAUGAUGAUGUAGCUGAUGAUGAAAGUGAAAAUGAGUUUAAUUUUAAUGAUGCUGAAACUGAAUCAGAUUCCGAUGAUAAUCAGAGUAGCCAAGAUGCGCAAAGAAUUGUACAAACUGGAGCUAUUAAUGGAUCUGAAACAGAAGAUGAAUCAGGUGAUUCAUCUCCUCAAGAAGAAGAUGGUUCUGAUGAUGGUGAAACAGACGAAAACUCAGAGGAAGGUUAUACAUUUAUUGACAGUCAACUAGAAAGAAGAUCUUCCGGUAACAAUUCAAGAGGCGGCACAUCUGCAUCAUCUAUGCAUUGGGCAAUUCGUAAUAGAGACCAAGCCGGUCGAUCUUCAGUGCGUUUGCCUACGGGUUCAGGAUUGGUAUUUAUAGAUCCUCUUGCUUUACGACGCACAACAAUACCCACUUCAUCUGCUCCAACAAAUUUACAAGAGCCGCAUUCUAUGGCUACAACAGCAAGCAGCUUAGCAAGGGCAUUUGGAAUAAUAAUGCGUCAGAUUUCGGAUUUAUUCAACUCAAUUACACAAAUUCUUAACCAAGAUAUCGAAAAUCGCAUUAAAGUAACAUACGCUGAAUCAAUUGAAGUUCAGUCACUCUUGGAAACUCGUCUUAAGCAAACAUGGAAUUGGGUAUUUUCUGUAAUGGAUGGUACUGAAGCUCAACUCAAAUUUGGAGCUUAUCUAACGAACACAACAGAUCAAGCUCAUCCCGUGCAACCCAUGAAUUCCAAUUCGCAAAGCACAAAUCAAGGAAACAUUGGUAUAAACAUUUUAGGGUCCACAUCAUCGAGACGUGAGUUUUUCACUUAUUGUCUAUCGCUCAUGCGGGCUCACACUUCAGAACACAGAGACUCUUUGCCAGUUUUAGACAUAACAGCAUUACGCCAUAUAGCAUAUGUACUGGAUGGUAUAAUAUUCUAUAUGAGAAAUGAAUACUCGGACAAACUUGACACAAAUACUGAAAAUCAAAGCUGGGAAACUAGCACUAAUGAGGAUGCAGAAACUUAUUCAAGCCUGUUGAUACCCGACAAUUCCAUUCUUGACGAUGAAAUACUGGGUGAAAAUACUUCUGAUAAGAAGAACCACUUUUUCAAAAGAUCAGAUUCUACAUUGAGUCUUGGAUGCUGUGCGCCAGAUCCAUUUUCGCUACCACUAGAAAUUGCCCUUCCUUUGGCCGACAAACCACAUUUGUUGCAAACGAAUUCAAAAAGAGAAGAUUUGUUUUCUAAUUUUCCAUUGCCAAUUUUAACCAGCACCAAAUCUACAAGUACUAGUGGAAUAUCAGUUUUGGAAGUACCGCCUUUACGUUUGGGUCUUUCUUCGCACAAUAAACAAGAGUCAUUAGAUGAAGAAACAUACAAAUGCAAGAAAAGAUCUGCUUCUCCAUGUACAUCCCCUACUAUAGAAGAAUCUGGUGCAUUUAAAAUAGAAAAUUGUGCUAACUUGUAUGUCCAGUUAAAAAAGAAGAGCUAUCUUGAACAACAAGAAGGAGAUGGCAGCAAAAAGAUAAGUGAAUCCUCAAUGAGUUCACCUUUAAAACAAACUAUUUUGCAAAGUGAUGAAGAAAGUUCAAAAACUACCGACGAACUUUCAGGCAGAAAUGCUAUGGACACAUCAAUUCGACCUGAGGUUAUUGUUCAAACAAGAACUGUCUUUUCAGGAACUCAAACUUCCAAUGUAUAUGCAAAGCAGGCAGCGAGAAGUGUUAUUGUUCGUGCAGGACAGUCCAAUGCAUCAAGUUCUAAAGAUUAUCAAAAGGACACAACAAAUCCAAGUUCUCUGGGUAGCCGCCAUAAAAAAAAUACCACACAAAAAGUCCAAUCAUUGAAGCAAAGUUCUCUUAAGCCUCCAACGUGGAACGUUCUGCUUGGAAGAUGGAAACAUUCCUUGGAUUUAUUUGGACGUGUCUUCAUGGAUGACGUGGGACUAGAAUAUGGUUCAAUUCUUCCUGAAAUAAGAGGUUUUCCUGUUAAAGAAACAAGAUUUAGGCGACAAAUGGAAAAACUCCGAAAUGGACAGCAGCGAGAUCUUGUGUUAUCUAAAUUAGAACGCAGUAGAGAUAGUCUUAUCACUCAUACUUUUAAAGAGCUUAACACUCAAUUUGGAACACAAAACCGUCGCGUUUAUCCGCCAUUAACAUUUAAUAGAGUUAAAGUUACUUUUAAAGAAGAACCCGGGGAAGGAUCAGGGGUCGCUCGCAGCUUUUAUACAUCAAUGGCCGAGGCUUUAUUAGUUAAUGAAAAACUUCCAAAUUUGGAAGUUGCUCAGAUCGGAUCUUCUAAUAAAUAUGGUUUACCUUUUUCAAGUAUAUUAAGAAAUCGUAGCGUAAUAGGUAGAGAUGCUGCAUUACAACGCAAAGGAAGUGGAAAUAAAAUUUUGUGGAGAACCAACAAGGAAAAGAAAGCAUUAAACUAUUCGGCAAGGCCGUUUACUAGUACCGUUCAGGAUUCCACCAGUACGUCAACCACAAAUAAUGAUCAUCUCUCGGUUCAUCUUCAACAACUCGGAGACCGCUUGUAUCCAAAAAUUGCAGCAAUUACAAGUACCCACGCAUCUAAAAUAACAGGAAUGCUGUUGGAAACGCCACCAGCUCAAUUGUUGGUAAUUCUUUCAUCUGAAGAUACACUAAGACAAAAAGUAAACGAAGCUCUGGAUGUUAUACUACACAAACAGAAACCAGAAACAGGAGAAUUAAAAAAGAACGUACCUGUUGUAUUGCUGGACCAAAUUGAAGACAACGAUCCACUAUUUUAUUCUCCUGGCAAACGUGGAUUUUACAGUCCAAGACAAGGAUAUGCAUCAUUUGAAAGAAUAAAUGCUUUUCGUAAUGUUGGAAGGCUAAUUGGACUAUGUUUGCUGCAAAAUGAAUUAUUCCCACUGUAUUUGCAACGACACGUCCUAAAAUAUAUACUGGGCAAACAAAUCCGGUUUCAUGAUUUAGCAUUUUUCGAUCCCAUAGUUUAUGAAUCUUUCCGCCAGCUUAUAUAUGGAUCUCACACAGAUGGACCUGAUGUGUUGAAUAAAUUAGAUUUAUAUUUCUUAAUCGAUCUGAUUAAAGAAGAAGGUGGUGGCAACGUUGAACUUGUUCCAAAUGGAAAAGCCACCCAAGUCACUACUGCAAAUAUAUACAGCUAUGUUCGUCUAUACGCUGAAUAUAGAAUGAUAAAGUCUCAAGAAAAGGCUCUUGAAGCUUUAAAAUCCGGUGUGUUUGAUGUUAUACCAGAAUGUGCAUUAGAUUCUUUGACAUCUGAAGAUUUAAGGCUGCUUUUGAACGGUGUUGGAGAUAUUAACAUCAACACUCUUAUUUCAUAUACAACAUUUAAUGAUGAGUCCAGUGAAAACUCUGAAAAACUUUUAAGAUUCAAAAAAUGGUUUUGGUGUAUUGUUGAAAAAAUGAACACAAAUGAGCGACAAGAUCUUCUUUACUUUUGGACCGGUUCCCCUGCUUUGCCAGCAUCAGAAGAAGGUUUUCAACCGUUACCCUCUAUCACAAUAAGACCAGUAGAUGAUUACCAUUUACCAACAGCUAAUACUUGCAUAUCUCGGCUAUAUAUCCCGUUAUAUUCAAAUAAGACGAUAUUGCGUGCAAAACUUCUGAUGGCGAUAAAAUCAAAAAAUUUUGGAUUUGUUUAAAGUAAAUAAAUAUAACAUUCUAAGCUCUCGAUAGUAAUA